UAAGAUAUAUAACGUAUACACUGUUCACUGGUUUACAAAUUUAAGCGAUUAUUUAAUGAUUAAGUAAAUAUAUACGAUGAAAGUUUCAAAAAAAAUUGAAGAACUUGAAGAACCUAACACUAACGAUGAAGAAGACGAGAAAAUGGUUAACGCAAUACAACAAUGUCUCGAGGACGACAGUUGUCUCCCUUUAAUAAAGGAAGAGAUCAAAUUAAAAAUUCAGUGUAAGAGGAUAAUAUCGGGAGAGGAAGAAUUAAAAGUGGAUCAUCGUCGACCUGUAAAGCAUUUAUUAACAGAAGAAGAAGUAUUUAAACGAAACAGACGGAAAGAACAGAACAGAAGAUCAGCAGUGCGUACAAGAACAAGACAGAAAUCACGAAUAGCAGAACUGGAAAAAGUACCAAAUCAGUGAUUGAGUAUUUCAGUCUUUUUUAGAUAAAAUUUCAUAAUGGAAUAGCAUUUCUCUAAUAUAAGUACGGAAACACACGGACAUUUGUCGUCUGUAACAAAAAAGUAAAUAAAACAAACUGUAUAAUUAUAUGUUUUUUUACAACUUUAUUUAAAUAUACUAUCACUGCAGAGACUUCAGUUCUCGCCUCUACACUUUCAUUCAACUCGUUAGAGGAUUGAAACUUUAGAUAAAUGUACAAUUUCAUCAUUAUAAACAAAUAUUUAUGAGCUUUUCUCUUUCCCUUGAAAAUAACAUCACCAAAAGCGACUUGUAACCAAAUAUUUUCUUUUGAUGAGCACAAAACAUGUCCAACAAGUGGAACAGGCACUGCUUAUCAUUAUGGAGAACAUCGGUUGUUGGUGAGGCUCGUUUUGCUCAAUCUUUAGUUUUAUUUGCUGUGAUCUUGUUUUUCAUUACUGUCUGUUGUUAUUCGACUUUUUGUUAGUAUUGCGAAUUUCAACAUAUUGACAUGUUAAUUGCGUAAAUGAACCCUCUGAAAUUGGUUUUACAUUACAAGUAAGGUUAAAGGACAUUUGGAGUACACGUAAAAAAAACAGCAAACCAACGAUUCAGAAACAAAAGAUAGCUACAGGUCAACUUACGGUCAACAAUAGAGAACUGGCUAUACAAUAUAUCUACAGGAUAACUUACGGUCAACAAGAGAGAACUGGCUAUACAAUAUAUCAACAGGUCAACUAACGGUCAACAAUAGAGAACUGGCUAUACAAUAUAUCUACAGGAUAACUUACGGUCAACAACAGAGAACUGGCUAUACAAUAUAUCAACAGGUCAACUUACGGUCAACAAUAGAGAACUGGCUAUACAAUAUAUCUACAGGUCAACUUACGGUCAACAACAGAGAACUGGCUAUACAAUAUAUCAACAGGUCAACUUACGGUCAACAAUAGAGAACUGACAAUACAAUAUAUCUACAGGUCAACUUACGGUCAACAAUAGAGAACUGGCUAUACAAUAUAUCUACAGGACAACUUACGGUCAACAACAGAGAACUGGCUAUACAAUAUAUUUACAGGACAACUUACGGUCAACAAUAGAGAGCUGGCUAUACAAUAUAUCUACAGGUCAACUUACGGUCAACAACAGAGAACUGGCUAUAUUAUAUGCAUACAGGUCAACUUACGGUCAAGAACAGAGAACUGGCUAUAUUAUAUGUAUACAGGUCAACUAACGGUCAACAAUAGAGAACUGGCUAUACAAUAUGUAUACAGGUCAACUUACGGUCAACAAUAGAGAACUGGCUAUACAAUAUGUAUACAGGUCAACUUACGGUCAACAAUAGAGAACUGGCUAUACAAUAUGUAUACAGGUCAACUUACGGUCAACAAUAGAGAACUGGCUAUACAAUAUGUUACAGGUCAACUAAUGGUCAACAAUAUAGAACUGGCUAUACAAUAUGUAUAGCUGUAAAUAGCGUGAGACUAGAAAAAAACCAGCAAAUACAUCAAACAGAGACAAUCAAAGAUCUGUCAUCACCAAACAAAUUCCUAAAUACAAAACACUCGUUGAUAUAUAGCUUAAGACACAACUUACAUUGUCCUAUAUCUCUGUUUACACAAAUGGAGUUGUUACCUUAGUUUUUGAAUAGUAAUAUAUUUUAUCAAAAACUUUCUCUCAAAAUAUGAAACAGUAAUUAAACUAUUUUAUUUUGACAGGAAGUGAUUUCACUGGAUGAAGAUCAACAUUCCUUGCAACAAACAAUAGACACUUUGAGAACCGAGUUACAAACGUUGGACGGCAUGUUAAAAAUUCACAAGUGUUCAAAUGUUAAAUUAAACUCUACUUGUCGUUCCGCGAGAUCCCUUCUGCCAAUAAGGAAUAAAUUAGUGAUUAUUGAAGGAAUGUAAACUAAGCUUAUUCUUUACGAUCCAAUUUGCAUUAUACAAUUUACUUCGAUAAGAAGUGUUGUUUGGAUUUACUGCUGCAAAAUGUUAGCCAAACGGUAAUGUUUUAAAACAAUUAAGAACAUUUAACCUCGAUGUUAAAAUGAAAACAUUGAAUAAAAAUAACAAAGUAGCCUGUUUAGAAAAAAAUGUACUUAAUGUAUGGUUUUGAUGUGUAAUGCCAGACUGUUAUAUACUCAACAUUUGCAAUUAAAAUAAUUUAAUUUUUAAUGACAUAAAAAUUUUCCAUUGAGAAAAGUUGUAUUUUUGUGGAUAUUUGAUCUCGUGUUUUUGCAGAGGCCUGCAUAUAAGACUAAAGAACAUUUGUACUUCGAUAAAGAUUAAAAUUC